CAGGUGCGUUUUUGCCCUCAGGUCUCCUUCCGUGCUCCGCGCGCCCGCUUGUGUUGUGCGCUCGGGGAUUUGCGCACAUGAUCUAUAGAUCACGUCACAUCACAUGGCAGCACGUAAAGUUUCAAAGUUAUGUAACGCGGAGGAACCUUGAUCGCUUCGCGAGCAUUUCAAAGAUCCAGCCCAGAAAAAUAUUACCGAUAAACAAAAAAGUGUUGACGAUGUCGAGAACAGAGGGACAUUUUUGGAAUUGAUGAGGGGGUGUUAAAACGGGAUGGGCAACGGAAAAGAAAAUAUCGGUCCUGAAAAUAGGAAGUGGCUGAUGAAAAAAAAAAAAAAAAAAAGAAAAGAAGAGGAAAAAAAAAACUCCAAUUGCCGAAAGGGAAAAUAUGUAAAACUUGUGGGCAAAGCGGAAUGAGUGAUAAUGAAGCGCCAGAACGAGUCAAGUUUAAUUCCGGCACUUUUUAGACGAUGCGUCAACUGUGUGAAUCACGGACAGAAGGGAAAGGAGGUGGGAUGGGGUGGAAUGGGGUGGAAUGGGGGACAGAACUUUCUGUCUUUCUGCCCGCGGUAUAUAAACCGCACCGCCGUCAGUCACUCAGUCAGUCAGUCAGAACCGCAGACAGAACCCGUCAGGUCGGGAGGCCGUCAUCCGCAGCCGCUGGAUCGCACUGAUCACUCGCGCGCUUCUUCAUUGUCCUGACAGCGUAAGAUCGCGGACGUGACAUGUCAAUCAAAAGUGACUGACUGACUGACUGAAUGACUGACUGACUGACUCACUGACUGACUGACUGAGGCUACAUCACAUGCGACAGACUGCCGGGCUUCUCCGCGUCUCCCAGUUUCUGCAACCGCAAAAGCGGACAAGGACCGCGAGGCUGCUGCCCGCUUUAUUUAAAAAGAAAAAGGAAAAAAAAAAAAGAAAAAAAAAAACAAGGAAAAUUUAAAUAAAAGUGGCAUAUAUAAAAAUAAAAUCAAUGGAUCUUGGCAAGGGCGCCUUUCCUACGCAGACGCAGAGACGCAGUGAAGUGUAGUAAGUUUGGAAAGUGUAGUAAGUGUGCAGUAAAAUCCGGGCUCGCAAGUUGUGCGCGACUUUCUUCGCCCAAGUAAGUCGCGGGAGGAGCGCGGGAUCGAGAGCGGAGAUGCGGCAAGGGGAAGUCCAUCAUCUCCGGCUGGCUCUGCUACUGGCCGCGGUGGUGGCCUCGGAGCAGCUGUCCGACCCCGCUCUCAACAUAGAAAACGAGCGCUCUUCCAUUCAGAGGACUUACGAGCUGACGAAAUACCUGGAGCAUCAGCUGAGAGAGAUCAAGGACACUUAUCUGUCCUACUUGGGUCCUCCUUUCAGCGAUCCGGACUUCUCCCCUCCGCGGCCCAACACCACGGCUCUGUCUCUACCCAGUGCAGCGACCCGCCUGGACCUGUGGCGAGGCUUGGAGAACCGGGCUCGGCUGGCCCAGAACCACAGAGCCUACAGUGUUCUGCUGGGGGCGGUUAAGGAGCUUGCGCAGGCCACGCUCUGCCCCUAUCUGCAGAGCUCCCUGAUCCACUUCUCCGUGGGGCUGGAUGGCCUGCUCGGCUCCAUCUCGGGCCUCAUGACCACGCUGGGUUAUGCGCUUCCCCCGAGUUAUUACAGCUCGCAGAAAGGGGCUGCUGCUCUUCUUAGCCCCGAUGCCCUGACGGCGACCUACUACAGCUCGGAGGCAGGGGUUGCGGCCGUUCCCGUCGCACUGCCGUGGAGCUCCAGGUACUCGCAGAACGUUCCUGCAAGAGGAGGUGCAGCGAUGAACCCCGAAGGAGACGUGGAGGGACAGGCGGAUGAGAGAGACGCUCACAGCGACGAGGUGGGAUUUGACAGCAGCCCAAACCCGAGCCCUAGAGAUGGGGAAGGGGAGGAAGAGAGGGAGGAGAGGUGGCGAGCGGAUCGGACUGCUGGGGACGACAGCGACGAGGGGCCCGAGGAGCUAACAGGAGAGGAGGAAAUCGAGGGAUGGGGCAGUACGAGGAGGCUGCUCAGCAUACCAGAAGAGGGUGGUCCAGAGGGAUCGCAACUCACGAAUAGGCGCACAGGCCCAAGAAACAAGCGUCCGCACGACAGCCAUUCCAGAGCUGUCCGCCUCUUCGAUGCUGGCCAGCGCGCCGGAACCACAACGCGUGCGGCUUCGCCGAGACGGGAGCUGAUAAAUAGCCAGAGCUCUACGGUAGGACACACGGGCAGAGGGGACCACCAGCAGAGUCCCGACAGAAAGCACGAUCACCCGCAGGAAGGAAGGAGGCCUGGAGAAAUGAAGAGAGCGAGUGAAGAGGCCUCCUCUUCCUCCACCUCCCCGGCUCCGCGGCACCGCUUCCCGCGCUCCGCGCCGUCGUCCUUCUACACCUCCACGCUGCAUCCGCCGCUCUCCCCUUUCUCCCUGCUUUACCAGUUCGGGGCCCGUGAGGAUCACACGCUGCUCGCUGACCUGGCCCCCGGCAGCCCCCUGCCCAUGCUCUCGUCCCUCUCCGGCGCCCCCUUGCUGGCGCCGCCGUCCCUCAAUGACUUCUCCAGGAAGGUGGAGAGCUUCUGGGUGCUACGCGAGCUGCAGAGCUGGCUGUGGAGGUCAGCCAAAGACUUCAACCGGCUGAAGAAGCGGCUCCGAGUCUGAGAGGGACGCCGCUUUGGGAGAGCUGUGGUUUUAGGCAGCUUAGUGCAGUCGGACCGACUGUUUGGGCUCCGCCGGGAGACACAGGUUUACUACAGCGAGGCCUAGGCUCAGCGACAUGGGCGGCACGGCUCUGUAACUGUCCCGUAGUGGAAGGGGAGGACCGAGAAGCGCCGAGGGGGUUAACGGAGCGCCGAGAACGAUCGACUGGGUAUUCCCAUUCAUUUGCUGUGCACCAAGACAGGAAGAGAGGAAAGGAUGACAGGGAGAAAGAAGAGGGUGUUUAACUGAAAAGCCAGACACUGACUCAGCGCCUGAACAGUGGAAAGGAGGCAGCGAGGGGGUGAAGGGGCCAGUGGGGUGGCUGGGGGGGGGGGUGAGGGGUGAUUGUCCUGGUACAGUCACAGAGUGAGACAACACUUUCUUUUCCUCUUUUCCAUAUAUUCAAUUUCACUCCUCACCCCAGUUUUUAUAUCCCAAGGAAUAAUGCCUCCCCUUUCCUGAUUUUACCCCCCAGCUUCUUUUUAGCAGCAGUGUUUACAUCCCCCAGCUUGUUCAAGUAGCAUUGUGAAUCAGUUUACACUCAUAGGACGAAUCUAUUUUUUUAAUAUUAGGACACAAUAUAUGUAAAAAGAAGGGAAUUAUCAUAAUGAGAGAAAGCCGUGCUGUGCCGUGCCGUGUGUACAACAUCAUCGUGGCAUCCGUUUCUGUGCAAACUCAUCAGUUUGUGAGACUAACGUAGGGAGCGUCCUGUAUUAUUGUCUGUUUUAUAUACUUUAUCAGUGAGUGAGUUUACAGUGAUUUCCUAAGGAUUUACUUUUGUAAGCCUCCGAGAACAAAACGAACUGACGAAAAGACUAAAAAGAUGUACCCUUAUGUAUAUCUUUGAUGACCUGUGUUCACUUGGAUGUGUGUGUAACUGUCUGUAGCGCCACAUCAUUAUAACUUCUAUGGUUAGUAUUUAUUGGCUAGGACUGUUAUUUAUUUGCCAUUGUGGACACUGUACUGUGGUAAAAUAAAAAAGAAAAAGAAAUGUUC